CCGGCCGGAGGCGGCGGAUGCGGGGCCUGAAUUGCCGACCCCAGCAGAAGGAGGAGGAGGAGGGGGAGCUGCCCGCCGCCACUGCCCCAAGAGCUGAGGGGGCCGCCUGCCGGGCCCUGCGAGCGCCUACCCCUGGAUUUACAGAUGGAUUCAGCAGAAAAGACAACCACUAGAAGUGAACAGAAAUCCAGGAAGUUUUUAAAAAGUCUAAUAAGGAAGCAGCCCCAUGACCUCCUGCUGGUCAUUGGGACGGGCGUCAGUGCCGCAGUGGCCCCUGGCAUCCGUGCCCUCUGCUCCUGGAGGAGCUGCAUCGAAGCAGUCCUGGAAGCGGCCGAGCAGCUGGAGGUCCUGCAUCCGGGAGACGUUGCGGAAUUCCGGAAGAAAGUGAUGAAAGACAGAGACCUGCUUGUGGUCGCCCACGACCUAAUCCGAAAGAUGUCGCCGCGCACAGGUGACACCAAGCCCAACUUCUUCCAGGACUGUUUAAUGGAAGUCUUUGACAAUCUGGAGCAGCACAUCCAGAACCCGAUGGUGCUGCAGUCUAUCCUCAGCCUGAUGGAGCGGGGAACCAUGGUCCUCACCACCAACUAUGACAACCUGCUGGAGAUCUUUGGCCAGCAGCAGAACAAGCCAAUGGAAUCCUUAGAUUUGAAAGAUAAGACCAAGGUUCUGCAGUGGGCCAGAGGGCACAUGAAGUAUGGAGUCCUUCACAUUCACGGCUUAUACACAGAUCCCUGUGGCAUGGUCUUGGACCCUUCGGGAUAUAAAGAUGUGACUCAGGACCCAGAAGUAAUGGAAGUUCUACAGAACCUGUACCGGACCAAGUCCUUUGUUUUUGUGGGCUGUGGCGAGACGCUGAGGGACCAGAUAUUCCAGGCCCUUUUCCUGUACUCUGUGCAGGACAAGGUAGAUUUGGAGCACUUCAUGGUGGUGCUCAAGGAGAACGAAGACCAUUUCUUCAAACACCAGGCUGACAUGCUUCUGCAUGGCAUUAAAGUUGUCUCCUACGGGGAUUGCUUUGACUACUUUCCAGAGUAUGUGCAAGACCUUGCUGCCCAGAUCUGCAAACAGCGAAGUCCAGAUGCUGACCGAGUGGACAGUACAACGCUUUUAGGAAACGCCUGCCAGGACUGUGCCAAGAGGAAGCUGGGAGAGUAUGGCCUCGAUGUUCCCAAAAGAACCCGGCAGUCAGAUCCAGAUGACUCUGGAGGAUCCUGAGAUCCCACACACCCCCAAGACCUGCACCUGAAAAACCAGCCUCUCAGCAGCCAGUGCUGGCCCCAGGACCCCCACUCAGACACUGAGAGCCCGGAGGGGUGGGGCGGGGUGGGGCCUCUGUGCAUGGAACCACUCGAGAUUGACAUUUUUACAUUUCAGGUAUACUUGGAAAGGACCCAGGGACAACUACCUCAGGGAUAAAGUCCAAAGCUGGCCUCCCUGUUUGUGAAGGGGGGUGGGGGGAGAUGGAAGAACUGCCUUGUGACCCCACCCCCAUGGUGCCAAGAAUGAGGAAGCUAGAGACCCUUGCCUUGGGGGAGGGCCCUUGUGGCACAGAUGCCUUAGACAGAAAAGUUGUUCGUUUUGUGAACUAGAAAGAGAAGGGCUUCAGGGGCCACAGGGAGGAGGGGCUUCCUCAGUGUGCCCAAAGAAGCCCUGGGGGGGACCCUCGGGAAGUCACACUUCUUUGUACCCCAAGACUUGGCUCAAUAGUCAUGCUGAGUCCUCGGGGCCUGGGGUCAAGUGGCGUAGGCAGAACUUUGCCAAGGGCCCUUGCCACUCUGAACUGGGCAGGCCUCGACUGGCUUCCGGAAGUGCCCUGCCCUUGGCUGGAGGGCACUCGGGCUGGGAACUGUCCACGCCGCCUCUGCCUGCCCCCGCCCCUCACUGGGAGAUGCGAUGGGCCCAGCGAUGUCCGGCUGGGGAGCUAGGAAAUGGAAGCCAGUUGAUUUCUUGUUUGGAGGCGCAGCCCUCUUUCCUAUCUCUGGUCAGUUAAAUAAAGCGUGAACGAGC